AUGCUGGCGGGCCAGGGCGCGGGGCGCUCGGGGUUGCGGGAAGCUGUGCGUCCCGGGAUCUCCCGGUUGCUUUCGGCGAGACACCCGCAGCUGCUGGGACUCACAGGGCGCGGCGCGCGGCGGGGCAAAUCUGCGGCUGGCUGGCAGAGCCUCUCCGGCUCCCUCCCGGCGAGGGGAGGUGCUGCGGCGGGAGCCGCGCCGCCCGCGGGGAGGGGCGAGGCGGGAGGGACGCGCCGCACAGCCCGCCGCCCUCCCUGCCCUGCCGCCCUCGUGCCCUGGGCGCGCGCCGGGGCUCGCCCCUCCCCGGGCCCCAGCCGAUGGGGCAGCUCAGGGGCGGGGACGCCGCUCGCCAGGAAGGUCUACCGCGAGUGGCGCUCGCCCGGGGCUGCGAGAAAAGUUGCGAGCACAGCCUGGGAGAGGGCGAGCUGGAAAGUACUAAUAACAACCAAAUAUCUAACUUCCAACGUUCAGAAAUUACAAGUAACCAAUUACUUAGUCCUUUUAUUUCAACACAUAAUCAUCCAGAGAACUACAGUCUCUUUUAGGUGCCAAGAUUCCAGCUGGAGACAAGAUCAAGCCCUGCCUGAGAGACUUUAUAUCUCAGUGAAGGAGCAGAGCAGGGGUCUGAAGUGGCUCCUGAUAGCCAGUGUCACGGAAACCAUUGAACAACCUACCAACCCCAGCUGCAGUGUGGGGCCACAGGCACGGGUCUACUGCCAUGAAAAGGCCUGGGGAGAGGACACACGCAGCUGCUGUUACACAGUCAUCUCCAUCCCUGCUCGGUGGGAACCUGGUGGCUGUUGUGGCAAUGGAGGGAGAGCCAUGGUCAGGCAGUCUGGCCGGCUCGCUUCCAGUGGAAGAUGCACUUGCCCGUUUGAAGGCUUGAGCCUAUGUUGCUCUAAGGAAUUCAAAGAGACAGACGUUUCCAGGCCAGGCUCAUGGUUUCUGUGGCGACUGGGCUUCUGUAAACCCCAUCAGCUUGUGGUCCAGUCGCUCUCAGUCCAUUUCUUGUUCAGAGAGCCACAGCUAACAUCUGCUCUAGGCCUAGUCCCUAAGCUUUAGUUCUUUGCUUCCUCUACCCAUACCUUCCUCUCUGGUCUUUACAAAGGCCUCCUUAAGGCCAUCAGAAAUAAAACAGCUGUUUGGGAGGACAA